AUGGCACCAGGUGGUUCUGCCAGUCCAACCAUCCCAGUGACUGCAGAAGCCCAGGCAGCACACAAGACCACCGCAAGCAAACCACUACUGUCCAUUAACAAGUCUAUAGCAAAACACAUCUCAGGGUCAGGCAUCAGAAUGGACAUAACCAACACGACCACAGUAAAGAAGAUCCUUACCACUCAUGGACUGGUUCUACCUAUGGCGGGCACCAUACUCAAACAACUUGCUGUGUCUAUCUUCAAACUCAGUAUCUCUGCUAAUCUGGGUGCCACCUACACAGAGAUACUAAGGGCAUUUGCUAUCAUUCUUCAUGACACAGAACAAUCAAUGGACAUGACCAACAUCAUCAAUAGAAUAGAGAACCUUAUUGGAGGCCCACUCACCAUCCUAGAAGAAAAGGUGGAAGAACUUGCAGAAGUCACAGAAAAACACAAGAACACACUGGAAAAUGCAGUACUAGAGGUGCAUGGCAAUCUGAAUGGCUCAGCUGUGGGAAUAGAUAAAGUCACGGAACAUGCAACGCACAUCAUUAACCAACAAGUGCACAAUGACACAGAUCAAAUCAGGUCUGACAGACCGAAAACAUAUGCCACAGUGACCAGAACGGGAAUCUGUUAA